UCUCUCUCUCUCUCUCUCUCUCUCUCUCACUCACUCUCUUUCUCUCUAUAUAAGUCUUCACAAGCGAGCAAAAGUCAUAUGAUACCGGAGAAAAGAAGAGAAAGAGACUCUUCAUUUAAGUUUUGUAUACUUCAGUCUCUCUCUCUCUCUCUCCCCUCAGGAAAAAGUUAUGCAGCCUUGCAGCAGAGAAAUGCAAGCCCUGAAAUCAGUCCUAAACCAAUCCCAAAUGUCUCUCCAAACCAUUCAACAACACCACCAACAACAACAGAUCGACACCAGCAACAAUCAGAUUCAACACUUCGAUCCAGCGACGCCGUCCCACGACGACUUCCUCGACCAAAUGCUCUCCACCCUCCCCUCCUGCUCCUGGCCGCCCGACCUCACCGGACCAAACCAUAAGUCCCCGUGGGACCUCUCCGCCUCCACGCCCGACGAUCAGUUCCCUUUCGAUCACGACCAGUCCGCGAUUCUGGCCGCGAAGCUUCGGCAACACCAGAUCAGCGGCGGCGGAGGGAGUUCUCCGGCGGCCGCGGCGGCCAAGUCGUUGUUGCUUCAGCAGCAGUUGUUGUUUCAGUCCAGAGGUGGGAUUUCCGGUGGUGAAUCCGGCUUGAUGCCUUUAAGUCUAGGUGGAAGCGGAGACGACGUCGCAGACGGUUCCUCCUUCAAAUCUCCCCAUUCGGGAGACGAUGGUCCAGUUCAAGCUCUGUAUAAUGGAUUCAGUACUGGACAACAUUUCCACCAUGUUCAGGGAGGAGCGAUGCAGGCGCAGAAUUACGGAGGGGCGGCGGCGGCAGGGGUGAUGAACCAAACUCCGGCGGGAGGGGGAGGAGUGGGGCAGCCGAGACAGAGAGUGAGGGCACGGAGGGGUCAGGCGACUGACCCUCACAGCAUCGCUGAAAGAUUACGGAGAGAGCGAAUUGCGGAGAGGAUGAAAGCUCUGCAGGAACUUGUACCCAAUGCUAACAAGACGGACAAGGCUUCAAUGCUUGAUGAGAUCAUCGACUAUGUGAAAUUCCUCCAGCUCCAAGUCAAAGUUCUGAGUAUGAGCAGGUUGGGGGGUGCUGCAGCUGUUGCACCGCUUGUUGCUGAUAUGUCCUCCGAGGGAGGCGGUGACUGUACAGCACUAACAGCCGGAGGGAAGACCACCAACGGAACCCAAGCGGCGUCGGCGUCGGCGUCGACCAACAACGAGACCACCAUGACGGUGACGGAGCACCAGGUGGCGAAGCUGAUGGAAGAGGACAUGGGGUCCGCCAUGCAGUACCUACAAGGGAAAGGCCUCUGCCUCAUGCCCAUUUCCCUCGCCAACGCCAUCUCCACCGCCACGUGUCACUCUCGCAACCCCAUGAUCCCCAACAACCACCACCCACUCCUCGGAUCCAACGGAGGAGCAGGAGGAAACGACGGCUUCGGUGGGCCCUCCUCCCCCAGCAUUUCCGCCUUGACUGUUAGCUCCGCCGCCAUGGGCAACGGCGGUGGGGCAGACGGUUCCGUUAAAGACGCCGCCUCCGUCUCCAAGCCGUGAAUGGCUGCGUUGACCUGGCACUGACGUAACGGCUCCGUUUGUUUGGUUACUCGGUAAAAGAAAGAAAUUUGUGAUGGAGACAAGUCCGUGGAAAUUUAAAUCUAACGAGUAAAGGGAAAAGGAAAAAGAGAAAAGGAGAGUUUCAGCUUUUCAACUUUCAACGCCCGUAGGGUUUUUUGGAAACGACGCCGGAUUCACUUUUAGAACUUUUAGAACUCGACUCGUGUUCCUUUUUCCCUUCUUUUUUGUUUAUUUUUUUGUUUAUUUUUACUUAAAAUGGGUAAAUCUUGUUUAUGUUUAUUGUUAUCAUUUGCAAAGAACUUUAUGAUCUCAUCAAAUACAGUAUGAGAUUAACUUUUGUUUUA